AUGAGUGCGACAUUUGAUAAGGAUUAUGUUGACGGUAGAAUUGUGUAUGCAACAAUUCCGGAGGAUAUUAAUAUGCGAAACGGGAAUUAUGACAAGAAAUUGUAUGUUGAAAAUAGAACUGGAGAUGGUGGACGCAAAUUUAUUUGUCGUAAGUUAGACCACUGGUCCUGGGAGUUUGACCAAAAAUUGGUCAAUUUUUGGUCAAAAAAAUUUUGAACAAAAAUUGACCAAAAAUGCACCAAAAAAAUUUUCACCAUUUUUUGGUCAAUUUUUCAACUUUUUCCCACCAAUUUUUCACCAUUUUUUGAUCAUUUUUCCCAACUUUUUUCAAAUCAAAAACACAUUUUUUCACAAAAAUUUAUUGAAAAGAACAAAAAAGAAACAAAAAAUGGUUCUAACUGUUAGGAAUCUGCUUAUAUUAUGAACUUUAAUUUUCAUUGAAAAACAUUUUUAGCUAAUUAGAGAAAAGAGUUGGAGGCUUGUGCUCGGAAGAAUGUAAAUUUUGCCCUAAGAAAGUCAAUUUUAGAGCAAUCGCAGACUCCUAACAGUUUGUGAACCUUACAAACAAUAAAAAUUGCAUCAGUUUCGACUAAUACUUCUGCUUUCUCUGCACCAGCAGAAAGAGCAGUGUCAACUUGUUCCUUGAUUUGCUCACGUCCUUUUUCUGACAAUUUAUCCGGAUUACCAUAUUGUUCCUCGUCGAUUGAAUCGUUGUUGGCAUCACCUUCUUCUACGGUUGGCAAUUAG